GACAAAAAGCCCACCUUGCAAAUGCCUCUCGGGCGCCUGCCUCGUGCCCUCAAAGGCCCGAGAAGUGGCCGUUCCACCACCCGCCUCUCGCUGCGCCCUCUGGGCUGGGCCUGCCUCUGGGUGGGGGAACCCCGCAGAUCCCUACCACCCCCCGCCCCGGGUCCCAGGUCGCCCCAGCGCUGGCCCGGGGCCCUCCACCAAACUACCCCCGCGAGCUAACGCUCAGGACGAAGCUCCACGUCACCCGUGCGCCACGCACCCAGGGGAGGAAGAACAGCGAACCAAGUGGGGUCCGCGCGCUGGCGCGGCCCCGGGAGGCCAAGGGCGCUCGCCGGCGCCCCCGCACCCGCUGCUGCGCGCCAGCCGCUCCCGGCGCCGGGGAGGCGUGCGCCGCCUCCUUAUAUGGUCAAAUGACACCGGGGUUCGCCGGGCGGAAGGCUGCGCUCCAGUCGCCCGGCAGCGGAGCCGCGGAGCAGCCACGCCGGACUCCCGCCCGCCCCGUCCCGUCCCGGAGCGCCCGCCGCCCGCGGCCGUGGAAGAGCGGCGUCGGAAUGGAGCGCUUUGACUGCCACCAUUGCGAAGAGUCUCUCUUUGGCAAGAAGUACAUCCUGAGGGAGGAGCGCCCCUGCUGCGUGGCCUGCUUCGAGGCCCUCCACGCCAGCACCUGCGAGGAGUGCGGGGAGCCCAUAGGCUGCGACUGCAAGGACUUGUCCUAUAAGGACCGGCACUGGCACGAGGCCUGCUUCCACUGCUCCCGCUGCGAGAACUCGCUGGUGGACAAGCCCUUCGCCGCCAAGGAGGACCAGCUGCUCUGCACCGACUGCUACUCCCACGAGUACUCCUCCAGGUGCCAGGAGUGCAAGAAGACCAUCAUGCCAGGUACCCGCAAGAUGGAGUACAAGGGCAGCAGCUGGCACGAGACCUGCUUCAUCUGCCACCGCUGUCAGCAGCCCAUCGGGACCAAGAGCUUCAUCCCCAAGGACGAGCAGAACUUCUGCGUGCCCUGCUAUGAGAAGCAGCAUGCCCUGCAGUGUGUUCAGUGCAAAAAGCCCAUCACCGCCGGAGGGGUCACCUACCGGGAGCAGCCCUGGCACAAGGAGUGCUUUGUGUGCACCGCCUGCAAGAAGCCGCUGUCCGGGCAGCGCUUCACGUCCCGAGACGAGUUUGCCUACUGCCUGGACUGCUUCUGCGACCUGUAUGCCAAGAAGUGUGCCGGCUGCACCAACCCCAUCAGCGGGCUUGGCGGCACAAAGUACAUCUCCUUUGAGGAGCGGCAGUGGCACAACGACUGCUUCAACUGCAAGAAGUGCUCCCUGUCGCUGGUGGGCCGCGGCUUCCUCACCGAGAGGGACGACAUCCUGUGCCCCGACUGCGGGAAGGACAUCUGAGUGCGGCCGCCUGCAUCACGCAGGCCCGCGUCCCGUGUCCCCGCACGGGUGGGGGGUGGCAGCGUGGAGCCCGCCUCCUCCAGCCGCACCUGGCUUUCCUCUUGUGCUUCUCAGCGAUAGUCACUAGUCACGUUUGUGUAACCCCCCCGCCCUUUCUUCUAGCCCAGUCCCGGGGGAGGAGAAACCCUUAUGGAGACCUUAGGUGGAAGACGGUUGUGAAUUUUUAUAACCAAGCAAGGCAAAUCCAAGUGCAAACUUCCCGCUGAAUAUCUUUAUAAUGUAUCUUUCUUUCACUGCAUAUUUAAUUUUAAGUGCAAUUAACAUGUCAGGAACUUGGAAAUAAUGACGAGCUGUCCCUACAGCUGUCACUUCCUGUCGUGUGAGGCCUGCAGCGAGAUUGUAUGACUUGCAAUAAAGCUACCCAGCACCGAG